CGAGUGACUCAGGCAGAUGGCACCCUCAUCGCUGCGUUGACAUCGUCUGAGCAGAGACGAAGAUGAAGUCCCGCGUGUUGCGUGUCAGCCUGUCAGCACUCGCUGUGCUCCUGCUGUUGGAUGUCAGCACACAGACACCGUCUGGUAAUGGCGUGGCAGGUGGCGUGUCGGCGCGUCCUCCUCCUCUGGACCUGGCGUCGCGGUCACGUGGGAGCGCCAGCAACGAGAGUCGUCGGUUUGUAAGACAACUGGAGACGACGGUGGGCGGCGGCGAGGCGCGACUUCUGGGCGUCUUGAGGCCGGACGAGGGCUAUCAGGAAUGCGCGGUCCCGGGAGGCAAGACGGGACGCUGUCGCCACCUGCAGUACUGCCUCUUCGGGGAACACCGCACCUCCAACACCCUGCUCGACUACGCAUGCGUCAUUGAGGGUCGGUACGUUGGCGUGUGUUGUCCGGCGGGACAGGAGAACAGCGGCACGUCCAGCGCGGGAGGCCUUCCUGGAUCAGAGGCUGCAGGUCUGCUGCCUGCCAUUGACUCGGGUGUACCUGGGACAUCCCCGCCCGUCAGCGAUUCACAGGGCUCCACCCCACCUCAGGUCAGAGGGUGUGGGGUGAGCACAGCGGCUGGCAAGCGCGUUGCUAGCGGAGAGCCUGCAGACCCCGAAGGGUGGCCGUGGAUGGUCGCACUGCUCACGGGCAAGGGUGUCCAUUUCUGUGGCGGGGUGCUCAUUACGGACUUACAUGUGCUGACGGCCGCGCACUGCGUCCACUACAGAGAUAAUUUGGAGCCCAUAACAGCUCGUCUGGGCGAAUAUGACCUCAGUCGCUUCAAUGAGACUCGAGCUCAGAACUUCCAGCUGGUGGACAUUCAAGAACACCCGGAUUUCUCGUUCUCGACCAAUGAAAACGACAUCGCAGUUCUGAGGCUGCAUCGGCGGGCGGCCUUCAACUCGUACAUCUGGCCGGUGUGCCUGCCUCCUCCCGGCCUGGACUUGGACAGAGUGACGGCCAUCGUGGCAGGGUGGGGCGCUACACAUUACCACGGUCUACCCAGCCCGGUGCUCAUGGAGGUGGCAGUGCCUGUGUGGAACCUGAGUCGCUGCCAGUCUCGUUUCACCCAACCUGUCCUGGACACAGCCCUGUGUGCGGGAGCGGAGGAAGGGGGCAGAGACGCUUGUCGGGGCGACUCCGGAGGGCCGCUGAUGCUGCAGCUUCAAAGCGGUCGAUGGGCCACAAUUGGCGUCGUGUCCUGGGGCAUCCGCUGCGCGGAGCCCAACACCCCGGGCAUCUACACUCGUGUCAACAGUUACCUGCAGUGGAUCGUCGAGAAAUGCGUCGUUUGAACACCGGAAUGACAAGUUGUCUCGAUACACGCUGACCCAAAAGCACGUUAUUAAUCAAAUCCAUAAUGGGUUUUCCAGUCUCACGACGUUAGUCUAAUGAACCGAUGUUACUAAUUAAUGUACGUACCUACAAAUACGACCCUGACAGCGCGGAAUGCAACAUCGCUGGAUAACUUGUGUAAUAAUCCAUUCCUACGUCGAAUUUCGCCAGUCUGUUCACUGACCAACGGAUGUGGAAGCUGGAAAGGUUGCGUUCCGCGCUUGUCACGUAAGACAAAGAUUAGAGAUGAAAUGGAUCUUCCCAGAAAGCAAGACGCAGAUGCAUUACGUCACGCGAAUGCUAGGAGACAGGAAGGAAUGCGGGAAUUGGUGACCUGAAACUGAAAUAAGUUAACGCCACUUUUACGUUUAAUGUUAUUUAUGCAUCGAUUUCUGGUAACAGACGUAACAAUUCUCUAAUUUCCUUCAGGAGUCUUCUCGGUCCACUGCUACCUUCACAGGGGGCGUGAACUCCCUUUGCACGUGACGCCCGGAUUCCUCCGUCAUCUGCUCCGGACUUAUUCACAUUUUGUUUGAUAUUUGCUCGAUUUCUGUCUUGUGUUCAGUAGCAGACGGCGUAGGAAAGACGUCAGGUCCAUUCAUCAGGCGUCAAUUCACGCUCCAAGACAAAUUAUGUUCACGAAUUUAAAAACAACUGAAUAUUCCAACAUGCGAUUACAUUUGCGUAACGCAGCUUUGGCGAUGCAAGCAAGAGACAGUCUGAGGAAUUGUUGGUACAGCCCCGGUGAAAGUAACACGCCACUUUAAUCAGGUACUUUUAAAAUUAUUAACAUUGCUAUGGUUAUUAACACAGUCGAGACGACCCACGUAUUUCUGUACAUAAUCGUCUGUAUUUCAAAUCGAUCAGGACAAAUAACUAGUAUAACACUGACAAUGAGGCAAGACACACAAAUAUUCAUAAUGAUGAACGCGUUUAAGUUGCAAAACGAAAAUUUCAUAAGAGUUCGUGAAACCAUAAUUUUCCUGGCUCCAAAUUCACUUUGCCAAAAACGAUGCACCGCGGUGGAACCAGGAGUAAAUGUGGUUCCUGCACCACAAAAUAUUUCUGAACCGAUACGCCGUUCGUAUUAAUAGGUCUGCAGAUGAAAUAUUAUUAUAAAGGACAAUUUAUAUCUUCAAAAUAAAUUAAAGAUACGUUACGAAA